AUGAACCUCGAUGCUUUGUUCCAGCAAAUCGAGUUCACAGAGAAGCAGGCGAGGGAGAAGAGGCACCUCAUCCAACAAGCUAGAUUCGACAUAAAUAGAAGUUAUGAAAAAAUUAACCAAAUAAAAGAAGAGCUGAGCACUGCAAAAAUAAAAUUAGAAACGACGGUUCAGCAUCUGUCUGAAAAACAGUUCUACGUACAAAUUCUGAAGAAACGUGAAGACAGCUUAGAAAAACAGAAAGCUGAACUUAUUAAUCAAAAAGGCAGUCUUCUAAAAAUCUUUACAGAUGCAAAGAGAAAAAUGAGUGAAGAGGAAGAUAGUUUUACUAGAGAAGUAACAGAGUUUAACAAUGAGUAUGGACUAACAAGUAACAGAGCUCUUCUGAUUAAAAAAAAAGUCAAGACUGAAUUAAAUGUUUUAGAGAACGAGGCAGCUGUGUUGAAAAACGAAAUGGAGUCAAUGGAACAAAAAAAUGUUCAGUUAAAUGCACUGCAGCUGCAGAAGAAUGAAUUAAAGCAGGAUUUAUUUACUCUCCAAAGCGAACUCAAAGACCUUGAGAAAGAAAUCAAGGAGGCUGAAAGAAUGACAAAAGAUUUACAAGCAGAAAAAGUCCAAGUCACUGAAAAACCUCGGACUGAUCCUGAAUGUUUAAGGCUGAAGAAAGAAUUGGAAGAUUGCAAAGAUGAUGAUUGGGAAAGUAUCUGUGAGACUCUUCGAGCAGAAAUUGAUAUUCUGCAAAUGAGCCUAUCACAAAAAAAGUCUUCAGACAAGUGA